AUGGAUCCACGACCAAGUGGUUCAGCUGGGUAUUCACGUAGAGACCGAGGGAGGUCAUAUUCUGAAGCUAAAACUCAAGCUACCUUAGUGGCAAGUGUGGGCAAUGUGGGGAAUACUAGAUCUGAGUGUCGACAGUGUGGCCGGUGUGGUUCUCAAGAACACUAUAUAAAAGAUUGCCCUGAGAGAAUAAAGGAAGGAAGAUUGCAGAGAGCUGGAUCGGGUGACAUUGUCAGUAGAGGUAGACCACCGAGGAAUACUGGGAGCAAAGUCAGUGGUAAAAGCGUGGCGAAAGAUACAACUGGGAGAUCAGAAACUAGAGCGCCUGCCAGAACUCAUGCCAUACGUGCUCGUGAGGAUGCAUCACCUCUUAACAUGAUUACUGAGGAGCCGAAUAAACUGCCUAUAGUGAUUUCGCACAUGUCUGCUCAAAAAUACUUGAGAGAAGGAUGUGAAGCCUAUAUUGCUUAUGUGUUGAAUACUAGUAUAACUGGGUCGAAGCUUGAACCAGUGCCGGUAGUUUGUGAAUUUUCGGAUGUAUUUCCAGAGGAAUUACCUGGGUUACCUCCGAUUAGAGAAGUGGUGUUUGCUAUUGACUUGUUACAUGGUACUGUGCCGAUUUCUAUUGCUCCGUAUCGGAUGGCUCCGACUGAGUUGAAAGAAUUAAAAGCUCAAUUACAAGAGUUUACAGAUAAAGGAUCUAUUCUGAGAGGGAAGAAAUUGUAUGCUAAAUUCAGCAAAAGUGAUUUUUGGCUUCGUGAGGUCGAAUUCUUGCGACAUAUAGUUUCAAGUGAAGAUGCCUUGAGCAGAAAAUCUUUAUUUGCUUUGAGAGCUAUGAGUACGAGAUUAAUUUUAUCUAAUGAUGGUUCAAUUUUGGCUGAAUUGAGGGCUAGACCGUUAUUCCUUCAGCAAAUUCGAGAAGCACAAAAUAAUGACAGUAAAUUGCAAGCCAGGAGAGCUCAGUGUGAAGCAGGUGUUGACUCAGAUUUUCAAAUUGGUUCAGAUGAUUGCCUGAUGUUCCGGGAUAGAGUAUGUGUACCGAGAAAUGAUGAGUUAAUUCGGACCAUUUUAUGUGAGGCACAUAGUGGUGAUUUCUUAGUCCACCCAGUGAAAGCUGAGCAUCAAGUAUCAUCGGGUUUACUUCAGCCGAUAAUGAUUCCAAAGUGGAAGUGGGACAGUAUCACGAUGGAUUUUGUGACAGGAUUGCCUUUAACUCCAAAGAAGAAGGAUGCUAUUUGGUUAAUUGUUGAUAUACUGACAAAGUCAGCCCAUUUCAUUCCGGUACGCAUUGAUUACUCACUUGACAGAUUCAUGGAGUUGACUUGGUGA